AUGGCGGGAUCUCAGCACGACCUCGACUCUGAACUGUUACGCGCGCUGACCUCGGGCGACGAGGCCCGCGUGGAGGAGCUAUUGGCCCGCCAAAGGGAUGGCCGCUCGCGAACGGACGGCGGAGUGGCGAUAAACCUCCAGCUGGGCGCGGCGACGACUGGAGCAGAGGCGCCACUCCUCGGCGUGACGGGCAGCGGGAGCACGGCGCUCCACCUGGUCGCCAGCCGCGGGCACGCGGGGCUCGCGAGGCGCGUCUGCGAGCUGGCGCCCUCGCUCCUCGCCACACGCCUCCUGUCGGCGAUGCGCGCGGGCGGAGCAAACGCCGAAGGACCCGAGGGACGGACUGCUUUGCAUGCCGCGGUGUCCAAAAGCAAAGUGCAUGUCACCGCCAUGAUGGGGAACGUUAGGAACAUCGUUGAGCUUGUAGAGAGAUGCCCUGACUAUGCAGAAUUGGUAGAUCGCCGACGAAGAAAUUUCCUGCACUAUGCUAUUGAGCAUAAUCAGGAAGGUGUGGUUCGAUUCAUUUGCCGAGAUGGCAUGUUUGCUAUCCUGCUGAAUGCCAUGGAUUACGAAGGAAACACCCUGCUCCAUAUAGCCGUCAAGUAUGGCCAUCCAAGGAUGGUCAGUUUUCUGCUGCAGACCAUGAGCGUGGAGGUAGGCAUUACCAACGUGGAUGGUCUAACGCCUGCAGAUCUUGCUUACAGUCAUCUGGAGCCUGGUUUACACUAUUUCCUGAAUCCUCGAGCCUUAGUGAAGAACUGUUUGUACUGGACAAGAGCACCGGUCACCCUAGGGGACCAUGUUCAUCUGCACAGCAGGAUGAGUAACACCACGACGCCGGCUACGGACGAGGACCCCAAGGACAUCGACGGUAUCACGGCGACCGCAACGAUCGCGUCCGUGCUGAUCGCCACCGUCACGUUCGCGGCCGCGUUCACCGUGCCGGCGGGCUACGUCGCAGACGACCACCCGCGUGCGGGCACGGCCGUGCUGGCCAGGCGGUUCGCGUUCCGGGCGUUCGUGGCGUCGGACACCAUGGCGUUCCUCUGCUCUAUCGUGUCCACAUGCUUCCUCGUCUACGGCGGCGCCGGGCAGGUCCCCCGAGGCCAGCGCCGCUUCUACCAGUGGUCGGCUUCCGGGCUCCUGCCGCCCGGCGCGCAGCUCAUGGUCGCCGCGUUCGCGUUCGGGACCCACGUCGUUCUCGGCGAGGCCAACCGGUGGCUGGUAACCCUGGUGUACGUGCUCGCGCUGGCCGCGGUGCUCCUCUGCUUCCUGGGCAUCUGGGCGCCCUUCUACCUGGGGAAAGCGAUAUGGCGACGAGCCGGAUGGAGAGGGCUCACCAAUGUGCACCGCCGUCCCGCGAGCUUGGAAGAGUUGUUCUGGCUUUUCAUCACGAGCUUUCUGUUCAAAAAUCUCAUGCGCCCAUUGUUUGCUGUGCUCAUCUCGGUCGCAUUUGUUGUGUCCAUUGCACUUAACAUCGCUUUGCCGAACUACUGA